UCCGAACUUUGCAUAAACUCCCUCCUUCGCGCGUGCGUGGUGAUCGGAAUGGUGUCAGCUGAGCCGCCGCUGCAACUGGAGCCGAAGAAUGUGUGCGUCGUGGGAGCCGGCAUGGCCGGUAUGGCGGCGGCGCGCGAGCUGCGGCGAGAGGGCCACGUCGUGACGGUCAUGGAGCAGAGCGGCGACGUCGGCGGGCAGUGGCUGUACGACCCGAGGACCGACGAUGACGGCCUGCUCGAGGCCGGGGCCGCGCCGGUGCGCGUGCACAGCAGCAUGUACGCCUGCCUCCGUCUCAUCAGCCCGAGGGAGGCCAUGGGCUUCUCCGACUUCCAGUUCUUCCCCAGGGAGGGCGUCGCCGGCCGCGACCCGCGCCGCUUCCCGACCCACCGCGAGGUGUACUACUACCUCCGGGAGUUCUGCCACGCGUUCGGGCUUGCUGACGCCGUCAGGCUCAACACCAGGGUCACGCGCGUCGCCGCCGUGCCCACGUCGUCGACGGAUCAAUGGGCUGUGAGAACCGUGCACCUCGGUGGCACGGCCACGGACGAGGAGGAGAAGGAGGAGGUGUUCGAUGCCGUCGUCGUGGCCACCGGCCACUACUCGCAGCCGAAGCUCCCGAGCAUCAACGGCAUGGAGGACUGGCCGCGGAGGCAGCUGCACAGCCACUCGUACCGGACGCCGGAGCCGUUCCGCGGCGAGGUGGUGGUGAUGGUCGGGUGCGGGGACAGCGGCAAGGACAUCGCGCUGGACCUCCGCCGCGUCGCCAAGGAGGUGCACCUCACUGCCAAGUCCGUGGAGGAGGCCAUGACGCCGGCGAUGUCCAAGAUGCUGGCGAACCACGCCAACCUGCACCUCCACCCGCAGAUAGACCGCCUGCACGCCGACGGCCGCGUGGCGUUCGCCGACGGCUCCUCCGUCGUCGCCGACACUGUCAUGUACUGCACGGGGUACACCUACUCGUUCACGUUCCUGGACACGGGUGGCGCGGUCACCGUCGACGACAACCGCGUGGGGCCGCUGUUCGAGCACGUGUUCCCGCCGUCCCUGGCGCCGUCGCUCUCCUUCGUCGGCAUACCGAGGAAGGUCAUCGUGCCGUGGUUCUUCGAGGCGCAGGGGAAGUGGGUCGCGCAGGUGCUGUCCGGCCGGCGGGCGCUGCCGCCGGAGGAGGAGAUGCUGCGGUCCGCGGAGGAGUAUUACCGGGCCAGGGAGGCAGCCGGCGUGCCGAAGAAGUACACCCACGACAUCGCCGGCGUGGAUCCUGAGAAAAUGUACGAGUUCGGGGAAAAGUACUGCGAUUUCGCGCGUAUCGAGGAUUGGAAGAGGGAGCUGCUCGUGUCCAUCAUCGCCAACAUGGACAACGACAUGGAGACCUUCCGCGACCGCGCGGACGACGGCGAGAACGUCCGGAAGGGCCUGCAGAGAUGGCACGGCGCAGCUGCUCAAGCCCAAGAAGAUCAAACUACGGUUGCUGCGGUUGAAGCUGACGUUGAUGCCCAGGUCAUAGCUAAGCUCCGACUGAACUGAAAAUCAUACCAUCGGUACCUAAGCUUAGCUCGCUCUGACCUGGUGACUAGGCGUAGUUCACUCUGAACUGAACUGAACUGCGUCAGAGGUUCACUGCGAGAUUUUAUUUCAUUCUAUUCGAGUUCACAAGAAUAUAACUACUCCCCUAGUUCAAAACUGCGGCAUAUAUUUUGGAUGGGAGGAAGUGGUUAAUUUCUCCACAAAUAAACUGGUUCGGUUGUGACAAAAAGAAAGUUGAUAAAAAAGAGGUGCUCAAAGUACUGGGAAUGAGGGACGGGAUGGGCAUAAACGAGAACUCCACAAUUGAUUCGGUGCUAGAUCGGCACGAUGGCGGCAUCUUCCACGUCGUCCCUCUGUUGGGAGCAUCGUGCCGGGGGACAUGGUGAUCCUAUGUUACACUCCUCCAGUGCUCGUCGUUGCCCUGAUCGAUCGACUCCGGCAUAAUGUACGGUCAUCUCCGGUGAAUCCAAGACAAUACCUUCUUCAGGUCGGAUCGAGUCCCGCCAUCCUCUUGCCAACACCUUAGGCAUUUAGGGAGGAUGGUGCGUCGACAAGAGAAGCUUGGCAGGAGCUGCUGUUCUUCGGAGGUGACUGAUGUCGGUCGAGACACGACAAGGCUCUCAGUUUUUGGGUAGGCUCUUUUGCAUUGUGGUUGCGGUGUCG